AUGUCUAAUUCAUAAUUAUUCCAGGAUGAUCAGUUGGAUUUGAAUAAGCAUAAGAGAUGUAACUUGCAUGACCAAUAUGCUUUAUAUCUAAGUGGAUCUAAAAAAUAAUUGCUAUGCUACCAGUGCAUUAGUGAUUAAAUGGAACAAGGUAUUGUUCAAUAUACUGAAGUCAGAGACGAAAUGGCCACUCAUAGAAGCAAAUGGACCUCACUGCAUGCUUAAAUUAUUGAUAGCGAGAAGGAUCAUGAAAAGUUUAAAAAUUAAAUAAGUUAAUUAAUGAACCAACAAAACACUAGCCAAGUCUAGCAGCAACCAGAGGAAUAAAAAUCAUCUUUUGAUAGCAGUGAAAGUCAUUAGCUCACUAUUUAAAGCAACAAAAACUAAAUAUUAGUAUAGAACCUGUAAAAAUUGUUAGGUCAAAGAGCCGCAGCCUUGCCUGAUAUAGUUCCAACUCUAUUAGCAUAAGCAGAUGCUUAGAUUCAAAAAGAUUAGGAUGCAAUAAAUCAUAUCAGAGAACAGUUUAAUCUCAAAUUCAUAGAGAUAAAUAAAUUGUUUGAUGAUUAUGAUAUACUUGGGCUUGUGAGAGAAUCAAGUCAUCAAAUCAAAAGAUUCCUGACUGGCAUUAAGGUGACUUAAAAUGAGUAGAUCAGUGAUCUCAAGAUGCUAAGGCAGCUAGAAGGACUUGCAAAGCUAAGUAUCAAGCAAAAACAGGUGUGGGCAGCCGAAGAAGAGCUUUUGAAAAUGUAUUGCAAACCUGAGUAAAGAGACACCAUUAUUCAAAUAUUCAAGUCUCAAAAUAAUCUUCUGGAGUAAUUAGAAAAAAGCGCCAGAGACAUUGAAGGUAAAAUUAGGAAGUAAGAGGAUGACUUGAAUUAUCUGAAGUUUAAACUAUCUCGUUCUACUGACUAGUUGAAUUCUCUAUAUUAAUAGGAUACUCAAAUCGCUGCAAAGUAUACCAAGUAUGUCAGUGACAAAGUUGUUAUCUCUCAUUAGAAGCCAAACAUAUCGACCUCUAGAUAGGAAUUUAUAAACUAACUAAUCAAUCAUUCAAAUGAAUCCUCUCGAUUCCCAAGUGAAGAUGCUUUCAACGGUCUUGCUGCAUAGAGAUAAAAUUAAAACUUGACUCCAAAUCAAUCUACAGGUUAAUUAAAUGAUUCUACGUUAGAAGCGCUUGCUGGAACUGAACUUCAAAAUCGCAGAUAAUCUUGA